GGUCCGCCUGCGCGCGGCCCCGCCGCCCCACGCACGCGCCUCCCUCGCUCCCGGCGCUCACGCUCGCGCGCACUUUUCUCCAGGCCCGCGCGCACUUUUCUCCAGGCCCGCGCGCACUUCUCUCCAGGCCCGCGAGCACUCGACGACCGCCGUCCAGGUCCCUCUGAAACCCGGUCGCACCAUGUCUUCGCCUCCUGAGGGGAAGCUAGAGACGAAAGCUGGACACCCGCCCGCCGUGAAAGCCGGUGGGAUGCGAAUUGUGCAGAAACACCCGCAUUCUGGAGACACCAGAGACGAGAAGGAAAAAGACGACCAGGAGUGGGAAAGCCCCAGUCCACCCAAACCGACCGUGUUCAUCUCCGGUGUUAUCGCCCGGGGUGACAAGGACUUCCCCCCGGCAGCCGCCCAGGUGGCCCACCAGAAGCCCCACGCCUCCAUGGACAAGCACUCUUCCCCGAGGACACAGCACAUCCAGCAGCCUCGCAAGUGACUGGCGAGGACCCGGCGCCCUCACCAGCUGUGCCGCAGUUCCCCGACACUUGGUAUUUCCCCAGAAAGAGAACUGGCAUUUUCUUCAAGACACU